AUCAGACGGAUGUAAAAAUAAAAUGUUACUCCGUACUACUAUUACGAAAUAGUAGAAGGAUCAACUCAGUGACUCACCCAUAUCUGCGUAGCAGCCAAACAAAUUCUCUUCGAGUGUUUUUUUUAGGUUUCCCUAAUUCAAGUGUUUAGCUAGGGUUUUAGCAAGAAAACCAAUUUUCGAAAAUCAGCAGCAAAUUCAAUUUGGAAGCAGCAAUAAUGGCGAGCACCAAAGUCCAGAGGAUUAUGACCCAACCUAUUAACCUGAUUUUCAGGUUUCUUCAAAGCAAAGCUCGUAUUCAGAUUUGGUUGUUUGAGCAAAAGGAUGCGAGGAUUGAAGGCCGUAUAAUUGGCUUUGAUGAAUACAUGAAUUUAGUUUUAGACGACGCAGAAGAAGUGAAUGUCAAAAAGAAGACCAGAAAAUCACUUGGGAGGAUCCUUCUGAAAGGAGACAAUAUUACUCUGAUGAUGAAUACGGGAAAAUGAGACCCAGCUGAUUUGCAUUUGUUCACCAGCAUUAAAUAUUCAAACUGCUCAUCCGCCUUAAAAGUUUUCUGCUUAUUAAUGUAAUAUGUACUUCAAGGCCUUCCCCUCUGUUCCGUAUAGUUAAUGUGUAGUUUGAUAAAUAUGGAGUUGUGAGUUGUGACUUUGACGAAUGUCUUCGUUUGUGUUUAGUAGAAGUUCUUUUAGUUGAGGUCCUGGUGGUGUAAUCCAAUAUGGGGCAAUUUUUUAUGCUCUACCAGUUUAUGUUACAGAAGAGGGCUCUUUCCAGAUAACUGUGUUAAUGAUUAAUCAAAAUGUGGUGACUGUGAUUUCUGAUAGCAA